AUGACACUCACCUGGAGGACCUCGACCUUUCGCACGACGCUCACAUGCGAGCGCGAGCUCGUGAAAUGUACAGGAGAAAUGUGGUAUCGCACGGCGGGGUCGUUUGGGCAUCGCAACCUGGCUCGUCCUACGCCCAGCGCGUGGUCCGUGCUCGUGAGGCCAGUGCGUAUGGGUAUUCCAAGCCAUGUGCGCUUCAGCACCGUCCAGGGUUCCUGGGGGGAGCGUGCUCGCCAAGCAGGUCGUCCAGAACUUCGGCGAGUCCGUCUCGACUCUCCUCUAAACCUGCGUGGCCCAACGCCGGACCCUCUUUCCGCGAAGCUCUCCCAGCUCGCCGCCUUCUCCCUCCGCGAGCCAACGAUCAAACCACGCCGCAUUGCGAUUCUUGUCGUCGAUGACUUCAACCAUGCGCGGGUUGACGGCACCCCCACUGCGCUCAAGGCCGGAAUGGUGACCAUGUGGAUCGUCGGGCCAUGCUGGAGGCCUGUGUGCCCCACGGGCGAUGGCAGGAGCAAGGCCUACCCCGCGGACCACCACUACGGGGGUCAGCGAAGCGCUCUGUUCGACGCCAUCGUCGUCGCGAGCAGCGCGGCAAACGCCCGCACUGGGCACUGGGCGAGGGCAUGGCGUCCCGCUUUGACCUCCACUCGGUUGUUCCGAGACAUGGGCGCGUGUGCGGGCAUGCGCGCCUAUUACUGGGCUCAACCCGCGACCGCCAUCAUCCCCCAAGUGCGAUGUGCCACUCACGCUCGCGCACGACCAUUUAUCAAGACGUGGUUCCACCUCCACGAAGCCAACACGACCACCCUCUCUCUACAUUUCCGCAUCUGCGGACUAGACACGAGUCACAACGUGUGGUUCGCAACGGGCCUUGCCGACAGUGUCAACGACUCAACGUUGCUUCCGUCGGGUGGUCUUGGCCUGGAUCUCCUGCUCAUCGCGCGCCCCGACAUGAUGUCAAUCUCUCACGACUACGGCGUCUUCAUUGAGGAUGAGGGCAUGAUCGCCCUCCGCGGGCUCUUUCUCAUCGACUCUAUGAAGGUAUCCUCAGCAUACGUUCGACGGCUGAUCACAAUCACGAUCAAUAACCUCCCCAUCAACCGCUCGGUCGAGGAGAUGAUCCGGCUCGUGAAGGCGUUCCAGAUCACCCAGUGGAUGCGUCUCUCUUCCUCGGUGUUCCCCGUCGCCGCUCCCGCUGACCUCUCCUUCAGCCUCGCUCCCCCUUCCCCUUCCCCGUUUGUGACGCAGCCGCAGGAAGAGCAUGGUGAGGAGUGA